AUGCCUACACUUACUUAUGUCUCUGUGGGGCCCCACGAUGCCUUUCCCAUACGGGUUUUCGUACACAGGAGAAAGCUACUAGCGUCUACAAAAUCGUCAGUGGUUGCUGUUAACCAAAGGUCUAUUCUUCAUCUUUCAAGAAUCAAUAUCAUCAGGCUUUCCAAUGCCGACCUCGAUUCACUCGUUUCAAAUAUUCGACAUUCCUUAAUGGAUGUUCUCUUAAACCUGGAAAUCAAUCAUUCGAGCUCCAAAACUACACAGGUGACAUUUGUGCUCGAUAAAACUGACUGGAAAUGCUAUGUAAAAGUGCCGGUUCACAUCAUGCUCCAGUUGCGAUUCUACCUCAAUUCGCUCACCAACCGAGACCAAGAAUACCUCGAACAAAAAAACAUUCAUUUUUCCAAAUGUGAUACAGAACUAUUGACAAGAGAAACAAAGUAUUUGUUUAAACAGGAUCCGGAUGACGACAACGAGCUUGUACUGGAGAAGAAGGAGUCUCAGUACUCCAUAGGUUCCAAAAGAAUCAUCAUACCUAAAGGUAUCAGCAUAUAUGUAUAUAGUCGGCCUCCACGCUAA